UGGUCGGAGGUCAGGGCUGCAGCCAAUGAGUUCGCUGUUUAGUGGCGGAGCUCAGUGCUGAUGUGUAUAACCGGUUUCUUGGGCUUCAGUGUUACAGAGCGUGCGGCCUCGCCAUGCCUUACCACCGCACAUGGGAAGAAUUCGCCCGGGCCGCCGAGAAACUCUACCAGGCAGAUCCUAUGAAGGUGCGCGUGGUGCUAAAAUACAGACACUGCGAUGGGAGUUUGUGCAUAAAAGUAACAGACGAUGUUGUGUGUUUGCUGUACAGGACGGACCAGGCUCAGGACGUCAAGAAGAUUGAGAAAUUCCACAGUCAGCUGAUGCGGCUAAUGGUUGCCCGGGAAUCCCGCAGCGCUGCCAUGGAAACAGACUGAAUGUCUGAAAACGCUGACAAACGGGCUCCGAUAUUUCACAGAGAUGAUGGGGGGGAAAGACUUUGAGAAAACAAGACAGUGAGCUGCCUGGAAUGAGAGAAAUCGCUAAGAAAAGGCAGUUUUGUGUUUAUUACAACAGUUAGGAAAGUUUUUAUAUGCUUUCAGUUGAAAGCUUCUAUUUAUUUUUGAAUUUGAAGCGAGAAAUAUAAAAAAUAAAUCCUUAAGUGGACAUCAUUCUUCCGUACAGCACCGGUAGACCAGAUGUAAAUACAUAUUUUUUUUCCCCAAUUUUUGCAUUUUCAAAAAUUCACAUUCUAGAAAUGAGUGGGAAAGAUGUCUCGUGCAGCAUUUAAUUAUUAUUUUUAAUUUUAUUCCCCAAUUCCAGGCGUGGGGAUCACAAGCUUGCAGGAUGCGUCGUUUUUUUCUUUUUAAAUAUUUUUUUUCUUUUCUCUUAUGGCAUGCCUUUUUUUCUUUUUAACCGAUUUGUAUACAUUACCAACUGAAUACAACCUCCAAAAAUAAACAACCUAUUGCUUCUGGAGUAAAAGCUAGAGCUUAUUUUCGUGAUAAAAAGACAGAUUUUUCUUUUCUUCUGUGUUUUUCUCGUGGCAGGAGGAUCUGUACCUCCGUCGGCACCGAUCUCUCGCCUGCUGGUAAAAGUUUGCUAGUAACUCAGGGCAGAAGAUGAGGACGUCUUGUCUCGGUAACUUAAUGUACCACCAAUUGGGACUGAAUUAAAAGUUCUUGGGUGCAUCUAUUCUUGAA